UAUCUUCUAACUUUUACUCAUUUUAGUCCCUCCUUAUCUCUCUAAGUUUUAACAAAACCAUCUCUCUUUGUUAUGUUUAAAGCUGGUUGCUUUACGUAGGGUUUUGCCAGUUCCGCCAUCACCCGGUAGAGUUAACGCCGACAACAAGGGAGUGAAAGCGUCGGAACUUCAACUAUUCACUUAGGUGACACUUUUCUCUCUCUACCUCCUCAGUUCAAACAUGUCUGCAAAAUGGCGAGCCUUACAACACCGCCAUCGUUAUACAUACAGUGCUGUCAUUUUCCCACAAUCUUUCAUGAAUUCAUUAACCCAUUUACAUUCUCAUAAUUUAUCCCGAAAAUUUUGUAAUGAAUUAACCCAUCUUGCUUCUCUUAACUCCAUUUAUGCUCAAGUUAAUCAUCUUAAGAAUGUGUGUUCUUCAUUCAAUGAUAUAUUACUUAAUGCUGUUGACGAAGAUAAUUUAGUUUCUAUUGCAUCUAGAUUGUAUUUAGAAAUUCUAUUUCUUGAGAAUUCACAGCCUUUGCACAGGACUUUGUUAUCUGUUCUUUCAAAGAAUCGAGCUUUUUGGGGCUUGAUUGGUGGGUGUUUUAAAGAGCUUUGUGAGGAGUAUGGUGGGUUAUGUGGAAAAGGGAAGCGGUUUUGUGUUUCGAGAGUUGCGUUGUCUAUGAUGAGCACCCCAAAAUUAGGCUAUUUAGUUGAUAUUGUGGAUGAAUGCUGUGUGUUGGUGGGUUUAGAUAUAGUUAAUGGAUUGAAUUAUGUGGUUGAUGAAACAAAUGGAUGUGCAAGGCCUUCGCCCCUUGUAAUGGAGCAAUGCCAAGAGGGUUUAUCUUGUUUGUAUUAUUUGCUUCAGAGGUUUCCUUCGAGGUUUAUAGAUGAGGGUAGAUCAAAAAAUGGGUUGAUUCCUGAAGAUUCUAGUCUUUCAGAAAUGGUUGUUGAUGUAAUAUUAUGUUUAUUGAAGUCAAAAGCUUUUUCCAGGGACUGUUAUGUGGCAGCUGGUGUGAGUUUAUGUGCUGCACUUCAGGUUUUGCUUAGUCCUGAGGAGCUUGGCUUUCUCAUCUUGGAUGGUGUUUUUGAAAGGAAAGUAUGUAGUUUUGUAGGUCAUUCAGAUAAUGAGUACAAGAAUGCUGAGUGUAAGAUUCCUUAUAAGGGAGCUUUUGGUUUUGAGCUUCGAAAAUUUUCUCCAUUGAGUAGACUUUGCUUCAUAAGAGGGGUUCUUACUGCCGUUUCGAGAGCAGUGCUCAAUUUUCGUUUUUCUGUGGAAGACGAGGGUGAUACUUUCAGUGGUAGCCAUGAAAAUGGUAAGAGAUGUUUACAGAGUAUAUUGUAUGAUUGUAUAUUGCCUGAGCUUUGCAAGUACUGUGAGAAUCCAACUGAUAGCCAUUUUAAUUUUCAUGCUUUGACUGUGAUGCAAAUCUGUUUGCAGCAGAUUAAAACAUCUAUUUUGGCUGAUCUUGUUGAUUUUACGACUGAGUAUGAGCCAAUCCCAGACAGUUUAGGAAGUCGUGUACUCAGGAUUAUAUGGAAUAAUCUGGAAGACCCCUUGAGUCAAACGGUGAAACAGGUUCACCUUAUUUUUGAUCUCUUUCUCGACAUUAAAUCCACAAUCUACAAGGGGGAUGGUUAUGUGAAGCAAAAAUCAUUUAACGAAAAGAUUGUAGCUGACCUUCUUUGUCUUGGUCCAAGGUGUAAGGGUAGGUAUGUUCCUUUAGCUUCACUCACCAAGAGGCUUGGAGCCAAAACUAUCCUUGGCUUGAAUCCCAAUUUGCUGUGUGAAGUGGUUCAGGCAUACAUUGAUGAUGAUGUCUGCUCUGCCGCCACGUCUUUUUUGAAGUGUUUUCUCGAGUGCUUACGUGAUGAAUGUUGGGGUAGCAACGGGGUUGAAAACGGGUAUGAGAUGUAUCGAGCUCAUUGUUUGCCUCCUUUUCUGAAUGGACUCGCGUCUGGGGUCUCUAAAUUGCGCUCAAAUUUGAACACCUAUGCUUUGCCUAGUUUACUGGAAGUUGAUGUCGAUAGUAUAUUUCCUAUGCUUUCCUCCCUGAAAAUUGGCGUUGGAGUUGAGACUAGUCUGGUUUAUCCUGAACUGAGUUCUUUGGGCAUUGAAUUAGGUAUUGAGCAGAAAGUGGCAGUUUUGGUUUCUUUGCUCAAAGUAUCCCGUUCACUCGCUCUAUUUGAAGGGGAUAUCGAGUCAAGUCAUUAUCCUGCAAUGUCACCUGAAGAAUGCACAACAGAGGAAGAACAUGCUUUGAUACAUAUGAAAGGGAUUCUGGUUAAAAUUCCUGCUGCAUGGCUUUCACUGGCACUGACUCAUGUGGAUGAGUCACUUCGAGUAGAUGCAGCGGAGUCACUCUUUUUGAACCCAAAAUCAGCCAGUCUUCCUUCUAUAUUGGAACUGAAUUUGAUGAGAUUAUCAGUGCCUUUGAAUAUGAGAUGUAGUUCAACUGCGUUCCAGAUGAAAUGGGGAAGUUUGUUUAAGAAGUUUUUUUCAAGAGUUCGUACUGCAUUGGAAAGACAAGUUAAACAGGGGACUUGGCAACCAUUCGACUGGGGGAAGAAUAGUGUAGCUUCUAUGUAUAAGAGUGGCGAUGAGAUUAUUAGAAGCCGAGCAGACAACCUGUACCAAUUUAUGAAAUGGUUGAGUUCCUUUCUAUUUUUCUCUUGCUAUCCUUCCGCACCUUAUGAGAGAAAAAUAAUGGCAAUGGAGUUGAUUAUGAUAAUGGUUAAUGUUUGGUCCAUAGUACCUCCUGUAAAAGAGAAGUCUGAAAGUCUAUGUACUGAAAAUUUGUAUCUUUUUAGUGAAGGACUGACUAGACCGGAUUCCACAAUGUUAUUAGUUGGCUCCAUAGUUGAUAGUUGGGAUAGGCUAAGAGAGAAUUCUUUCCGCAUAUUACUAAGUUUUCCCACACCUCUCCCUGGAAUCUCAAGUGAACAUAAUGUGGAAGAGGUAAUAUUGUGGGCAAAAAAAUUGGUUUGCAGUCCGCGUGUCAGAGAAAGUGAUGCUGGGGCUUUGGCUUUAAGGCUUAUAUUCCGUAAGUAUGUUCUGACGCUUGGUUGGAUUAUUGGAGCUUCAGUAAAUGUUAUUUGUCAUAAGUCAGAAUCUGGCCUUCAAAAUGGAAUAUAUCGAAUUUCAAAAUCUAGGUCCCCGAUAAUUCUAUAUAUUAACUCACUUGUAAAUUGGCUGCAAGUUUCAGUAGAGGAUGGAGAGAAGGAUCUUUUGGAAGCCUGCAAGAAUAGCUUUGUUCAUGGUGUCUUGCUUGCCUUGAGAUAUACUUUUGAGGAAUUAGAUUGGAACUCUGAUAUAGAUGCUUCUAGCGUUCCGGAGAUGAGAGGUGUUUUAGGAAAACUGCUGGAGCUGGUGAUGCGGAUAACGUCACUUGCACUUGGGGUGGUUUCUGCUGAUGCGUGGUAUCUACCUCAAGACAUGGAUGACACUGAAGAAGAUAGUUUUCUUUUGGAAAAUACUGAAGAUGUAGCUAUGCAAUCAUCUACACUAGAAUGUGAAGCAAAAGACAUGAGGAAUAAUGAAGUUGCUAGACCAACAGCGCAGAUAGUAAUGGUUGGAUGUUGGCUUGCUAUGAAAGAGGUUAGUCUUCUUCUUGGGACCAUUAUUAGAAAAAUUCCCUUGCCAGUUGCUAAAUUUUCCGUUGGUGAAGGAACUGCUGAUGUUGCCAUGGAUCAUUCGAUAUCCGGAUCUGAUGCAGUGCUUGAUGUGAAUCAACUGGAGAUCAUUGGGAACUAUUUUUUGGAAGUCCUCCUCAAAAUGAAACAUAAUGGUGCAAUUGAUAAAACACGAGCUGGAUUUACUGCUCUUUGCAAUCGUUUGCUUUGCUCUGAUGAUUCAAGGCUUUGUCAGCUUGUCGAAUCUUGGAUGGAACUGCUUAUGGAUAGAACAGUGGCAAAGGGACAAACAGUGGAUGACCUGCUAAGAAGAAGUGCAGGUAUACCUGCUGCAUUUAGUGCCUUCUUUCUCUCAGAACCACAAGGUGCACCAAAAAAGCUGCUCCCACAGGCGUUGCGCUGGUUGAUAGAAGUUUCUGGUGGAUCAUUGCUCGAGCAAGUUGAACAAAACACGGUUGAUCAAUUGCAGAAUGAGUCAACUGUAUUAUCUGACUCAGAAGAAAUCAAUGCAAAUUUAAAAUCUGCAAAGUUUCGUGUUGAAGGUGUUAUUCCAACUGUGCAUGCCUUUAAUGUUCUCAAAGCAGCUUUCAACGAUGCAAACUUAGCAACUGAUACAUCUGGGUUCUCUGCCGAAGCCAUGAUAAUCUCCAUACGCUCAUUCUCUUCUCCGCAUUGGGAAAUUCGUAAUAGUGCUUGCCUGGCAUACACAGCCUUGGUCCGCCGAAUGGUUGGAUUUCUUAAUGUACAUAAACGAGAAUCUGCAAGACGUGCUAUUACUAGUCUAGAAUUCUUUCACAGGUACCCAUUGUUGCACUCAUUUGUAUUCAGUGAACUGAAAAUUGCCACUGAGCUUUUACAAGGUGGGCAGUCAAAUUCUCAUCUGGCAACCAUUGUGCACCCAAGUUUAUGCCCUGUUUUGAUCCUCUUAUCAAGGCUUAAGCCUUCACCCAUUGCAAGUGAAGCAGGAGAUUGCUUAGAUCCUUUCUUGUUUAUGCCAUUUAUACAACGGUGCUCAACUCAAAGAAAUAUGCGAAUUCGCAUGCUUGCAUCAAGAGCAUUGACGGGUUUGGUUUCUAAUGAGAAAUUGCAUUCUGUCCUGCUUGGUAUCGUUUCUAAUUUACCAUGUUCUGGAAAUCAAACAGAAACAUCACAUGUCUAUGAAGCACACUCUUCUGUUUCUUAUAACUCCAUUCAUGGGUUACUGUUGCAGUUAAGUGCCCUUUUGGAUCAUAAUUGUAGAAACCUUGCCGAAUUGUCAUUAAAAGAUGUGAUUUUGAAGGACUUAAUGAAUACACUUCAUAAGUGUUCCUGGAUUGGAAGUCCCAGAUCUUGUCCAUGUCCCAUUCUCAAUGUAUCUUUUCUGAAGGUACUAGAUCAUAUGCUCAGCAUUGCUGGAACAUACAAGGGAGGCAAAAGUUAUGAUGAUAUUUGCUGCCUACUUUCGAAAUUAUCUUCAGAAUGUUUGGAUGUAAAAUCUGAGUCAUCCCUCAGUGAUCCAACUGCUGUGGAGCUUCGCAAACAAGCUGUAUUUUCUUUCUUGCGCUGUGUGUAUUUGUAUGAAGAACACACCGAUGAAGCACUUCCUAUGCCAAGCCAGUCUUCCCCCACCUACAUGCUCAAGGCAAAACCUUCGGUAAAUAAUGGGUUUUCCAGUGUUGAGGGAAGACUUAGGGGUUAUAUGUCUGAUCCUUCAUAUGAAGUACGCCUUGCAACAUUCAAGUGGCUCCUUCAGUUUGUUAAGACUGCUGCAAUAGAGGCGGGUGAUGACCAAGAUGAUGAUGAUGUUGCAGCAUUUAAGCACUGGACAAAGGCCAAGUUACAAACAACUUUAAUCAAACUUUUGUCCGUGGAACUUGAUCAUAAAUGUGUAUAUUACAUUCUUAAGAUCAUUUUUGCUUGGAAUGUUUUGCCCUUCCAAGGAUUGAAUACUAAAAUUACAGGGAACUAUACACAUAUUGGAGAGAUGGAUCUUGAUUCAGUUUUACAAUUUUGGGAUAGAUUGGUCUCCAUCCAUGAUUCUGCAAGGCAUACAAAAACUCAGGGAAUGCUCUUGUGCUGCUUUGGACUGUGUGUAAAGCGCUUUGCAAGCUUUCUGAGAAGCGUUCUACCUGAUGUAAGCAUCAAAAAACCUGAAGAGUUGAACAGAUGCACCCUCUUAUGUGAAAAGUUAAAGCAUUUUGUCCGCUUAAUUGAGCAAUAUAGUGAUGCAUCUCAGCAAGGGACCUUACGUAACGCUGCUGCAGAAUCAUUGGUGGCAUCUGGGUUGUUGGAACAAUCGCAAUUUCUCAGCUCGCUAGUGGUUAACGGGAGCAUUCUUUCAGAAAACUGUAAACAUUCCAAGCCACAGGAUUUUGCUAAUAUGGUAGCUUAUCUUGUAUUGGUUGUCUGGUUCACAUGCAUCAAGUUAAUGGAAGAUGAAGAUGAUUACAUCAGAAAAGAUCUUGCGUUGGAGGUUCAAAAAUGUUUCCCUUCUAAUUUCCGAGGGUGUUCGCUUGCAGGUGGGGUUCCUGUGCAGGUGGAAAAGGUGAUUGAACUGUGCUUUCAGUUCCUUUCGUUGGUUUUCGGCCACUGGGACAGGUUUUUAGAUUACCUUCUAAGGUGGAUUUCUGAUGCUGCGAGCUACGGUGUGCCCCAAGGUGAUCUUGUCCGACAGGUUUUUGACAAGGAAAUCGAUAAUCAUCAUGAAGAAAAGUUGCUAAUUUGUCAACUUUGCUGCUCGUAUCUGGAGAAUAUAAAUCUCUUAAAAACUCAAGGACCUGAAUAUCUAACUGUUUUGAGGACAUGGAGAACUCACUUUUUCCGUCAAUUGGUGUCUUUUACUAGUGACCAUUUGGAGAAGCUCCAAGGAGCUGAUUGGAUCGGUGGUUUGGGAAACCACAAGGAUGCGUUCUUACCGCUGUAUGGAAACCUUCUUGGCUUCUAUGCCGUUUCAAAGUGCAUUUUGCUUAUAGGAAACGAUGAUCGCACAGGUCCUCUCUCCGAUGUUGUUGAACUCGAGAAAUCCAUCAGACCUUUUCUUAAGAACCCUUUGGUAUGUAAUAUGUUCAUCCGAGUUGUUAAAUUACAUGAAGAAAUGGUUGGGGAUUCAGUCAAUUAUUCAACGGAUCAAUUGGUGAAGGGUAUUCAGAAUUGGGACAAUUUCAAUCCCUAUUUUCUGCUUAGAUGACAGUUUACUUUGUGAUAGCUAUAAAGUUCAGGUAUACACUUGAAUCCCCAGAUGUUAUGAUGUCAUACAAUGUAGUUACUAUAGACUGUAGUCCUCAAGCCAUAAUUUUUUGAUAGUUUAAGCAAAAAGUUGUAUUCUCAAUUCUUAAAAUAAAGAGAUGCUUUUUGACGUUUCGGUGCCUGAUAUCAACUUGUACUUAUUUUGAUGGAAGCGUGCUUGGAACAUGUCCGUCUCUGCUAACUUGAAUCGUAAGGGUGUUGAUAUGCACAUAUUAUGUGGUUUGAAACAUCGAAUCACCCUUUGGUUCGAGCAUAAUGUGAUAGUUUCAAGAGGAACUGAGUCCUCUAUGCUAUCUCGGUAUCUCCUACCUCGCUAUAUUUGGCUCGAGCAUAAUGAGAUGGUUUCAAGAGGGAAGAGGGAUUACAGGCUGCUGAGUGCUGAUGCGUUUUGUAAUCUUUAUGAGUCUACCAAGGUCGUUUAGGCGAUGCGAGUAUCUUUGUGAUCAUCUCCCAAUGCGGCCCGGCUGUAUUUUUUUUGUAUUUGUCAUUCAUCCGUGGUCACAGAACCCAGCUUACCUGUUACGAAUACGACGUGGGGGAAUGCAGUGAUGCGGUUCUCAGACAUAUUAAAGUUGUUACUCUAAAUCCCCGUGUACAAAAGUUUAGACCACAUGGUCUUCAAUCAUAUAGUAGAACUAACUCUUCCAAAACACAAACCAAAAAAACUACUUUGUUACCUUUUACCAUUCAGUUUACCUAAUAUAUUAUUGGAAAAAUUGCCUAAAAUAAUCUAUCCUUUGUCUGAUUUACUUACAAUAAUCUCAAGUAUUGAUUAAUCAUGAAUAAUUCUAUCUAUUGAUACUUAUUUCCGGUGACAUCCUACAAUAAUCCCAAGUAUAAUCAUAAAUAAUCCUACCAGCCACACCAGCCGACCCACUUAAUCCUAAAACCUUUCCAUAUUCAGGUACAGACAAUGGGAUGGGGAGGUGUGUUUAGGGAAGGUUAUGUGGCGCUUUUAGGCUGCAUUUACUAGGGGGAUGUGUGGCAAUCACCUCCACCACCGGACGUACAACCACUCUCAGGAAUUUCAAAGGGAGGUGUGUUUCUGGGUGGAUAUAUAUGAGGUGGUGUGUUUAGGGGAGGGGAUGUGGUGUUUUAAGGCGACACUGACAAGGGGGUAGAGGGAGAGUGAUGGUGGUGGUCGGUCGCUAUGUGAGGUGGUAGAAAGGAUGAGGGAGGGAGGCAGGUAAUUUGGGUUUUUUUAAAAAUUUUAUUUUAAUUUACUUGGAAAUAUCAGGUCAUGGGUGAGAAAGUACUUUAAAAGAUUUUCUUUUACUUUUUUAUUUUUUAAUGUUAAUAAACUGAGUUUAUGAGAGUCUCUCUCCUACAAAAAUAGGAGAGAAUAAAGCGCUCUCUAAUAACUAUCAUCUCUAUCCUAUUACAUACAUUUUUCAUCUCUUUUAAUUUUUAUUUUUUUUAUUUUAGUUUAUUUUAUUUAUUUUAUUUUUUUAC